AUGGGACACUCCGUUACUCCGCUUUCUUCGGCUCUGGGCGGCGAAGCGAGCAGGGUCGAUCACCCCAAUGUCGACCCCGAGGCCGAGGCCAAGGCCAACAAGCAGCGGAGGAAGGUUCAAAACCGGAAGAACCAAAGAGCACACCGAUUGCGGAAUAGGGAGCAGGGGUCUGUUCAGACCUCGCGCCCGUUCCAGAUCAGGCGCUGGCGCCUCGACGAACCCGAUGAAGGUCCCUCCCAAGACGCCUCGUCAGCAUCGAAAGGCGCAAUACCCCCUCGACCACCUCACACUCACCUCAACGUCCCUAACCCCCCCCCGUCCAUCAUCUUCCCCCUCUCAACCGAUCACCUCCUCCAUCUUGUCCAGUAUAAUGUCUUCCGCGCCUUCGUCUCCAACAAGCGCACUCUUAAUACCCUCUUAACGGGCUGGACCGAUAAACCUCCCUCCCCAACUACCUGUCCCAUCAGCGGUCCUUACCGUGACGACACAAGCGUCUACCCCUUGAACCCCAAUAUUCCCCUCUCCCUCGCCCCGACCCGCCUGCAGCAAACACGCCUGCACUCCUUCUGGAUCAACCUCUUUCCCUUCCCCUGCGUUCGUGACAAUCUUAUAAGGCGCGAAGGAAGCUUUGACCACUGGGAGCUGCUACAAGACCUCAUCGGUGAGCUCAUGAGUGCCACGCCGGCUCAAAAGCGACAAGGUACGCCCCUCACUAUCACCGUCUCCGACCCCAAAACCAUGUGGACCCCGCCCUUCACAGCAGGACGUGACGAGGAUGAGACCACUGCGGGGCGUAAGGGACUUAUUGUUUGGGGCGAACCGUACGACAUGCGGAGCUGGGAGGCCACCCCCGGCUUUCUUGCUAAGUGGUCGUGGGCUGUGGAGAGAUGUGACGAUUUGGUUGAAUCUACUAACCGCUGGAGGCUGAUGAGAGGAGAGGAACCUAUACGCCUUUUUGAAUCGAAAACGUAG